GCACUCAUUACGUAGCCGACACCCAUACGUAAUUGGUUUAAUUACAUCCGUUAACAAAGGUUCAUAUUUGAUAUUUUAUAUCUAUUCCAACUACAAUAUGGCUUCCAGAUCAACAUCCCGCUUAUUAUUUAAUUCAAUUCUCCGCUCCCCAGGAACUCUCUCCCCCUCGGUCCUCAAUCUCCGUCCCUACAUAUCACUCAAUUCACCAACUACCUACCGGUUUGCUCAUGCCAUACCUAGGCCACCUACCUCGAAACCUUCGACCUCAGCAUCGGCCUUUAAGAAGCAUACUCCGUCAAAGCGUACCGAGCCUCACUACGAACUAACAUUUACUUGCGUACCUUGCAGCGAGCGCUCCACACAUACCAUAACGAAACAGGGCUACCAUCAUGGAUCGGUACUCAUCACCUGCCCGUCUUGUCGCAAUCGCCACGUCAUCAGCGACCACUUGAAUAUCUUUGGCGAUCGUAAGAUUACCGUCGAAGAUCUUAUGAAAGAGAAAGGACAACUGGUGAAGAGAGGUACUCUUGGCGAGACCGGCGAUGUUGAAUUCUGGGAAGACGGGACCGUAAGUCAUCGAAAGCGAAAGCGAAAUAUUGCUGCCGCUAGGGAUACCGUAGAAAAUGAUUCCGCGGAAAAUAAGCAGGGAAAUUCAGAUAAUGCUUCGCUCUCGCGAGAGGCGAGGGAUCCCUCAUCACAAUCUACGGACCCUACACCUACAGCCUCGGCGCCGUUGGGGAUCACAGGCGCUCGCCCGUCAGUGGACAGCACUCAACAUACAGAUCAAGUCCCAUCAACACGACGCCAAUAGCCGAUGGCAGCGCAGCCAAAUAGCUACAACUUUCGAAAUAAUUUACGGUUUUAUAGAAGGCCCUAUGGCAUCGAGCUAAAAGGGAAUUGCGAGAUGAGUGGAUAAAAUAGCCAUCACUUCGCACAGCAUCGAUACUAGUUCGGGUAGAAACUAGCCAAUAACCAAAGCGCGAUAUUACCAUUACUAUCACCGUAUAAUUCGAGCGCAAUCGGUUCAACGAACGGGACGCUAGCCAUCAUUAGUGAUGCGCUACUAAAUUGCGCAA